UUCCCUAUCCCUUACCAAGAGACAGCCAGAAAACAGAGAGGGAGACUGACAGAGUAGAACAGGGUCAUACACUGUGAAAGAGAGAGAGAGGGAGAGAGAACAUUGUGACGGUAAUGGAGAGGAACCCGAGAUUUUGAAGGAGAAGGUGAAAGCGCCAGUGAUGAUGGAGUGUCUCGGAGCUCGAAACUUCGCAGCAAUGGCGGUUUUUUCUCCCUGCGUCGCACGCUGGUCGCGAAGGAGGAGGAGCCUCAUUACAGUGAAGCACACCCGUGCGAUGUACGGACAAGGUUCGUGUGUAAGGUCUCUCCGAGCCAGGGCCGGCGCACGCAACGAGAGUUGCGUCGACGUGAAGGAAUGUUUCGCCGACGAGGAAGAUUACAUAAAGGCCGGCGGUUCUGAGCUUCUCUUUGUUCAAAUGCAGCAGAACAAAGCCAUGGAGAAACAGUCUAAACUCGCAGAUAAGUUGCCACAAAUAUCAACUGGAGAUAGUAUAAUGGAUUUAGUGGUGAUUGGUUGUGGUCCUGCUGGUCUUGCCCUUGCUGCAGAAUCAGCUAAGUUAGGAUUGAAUGUUGGACUUAUUGGGCCAGAUCUCCCUUUUACAAACAACUAUGGUGUAUGGGAAGAUGAAUUCAGAGAUCUUGGACUUGAAGGGUGCAUUGAACAUGUUUGGCGGGAUACUGUGGUAUAUCUUGAUGAUGGUGAUCCCAUUAUGAUUGGCCGUGCUUAUGGAAGAGUUAGUCGACGCUUGCUGCAUGAGGAGCUGUUGAAAAGGUGUGUCGAGUCAGGUGUCUCAUAUCUUUGCUCUAAAGUGGAAAGGAUUGUUGAAGCUACCAAUGGCCAUAGUCUUGUAGCUUGCGAACACGAUAUUGUUGUUCCGUGCAGGCUUGCUACUGUUGCAUCUGGAGCAGCUUCUGGGAAACUCUUGCAGUAUGAGGUGGGUGGCCCCAGAGUUUCUGUGCAAACAGCCUAUGGUCUGGAGGUUGAGGACCUAUCAUCGGGGAAGACGAUUGGCACUGCUAAAGCGUAUGAGGGACUCUACUACUUUGAGAAGGUCGAAAAUAAUCCAUAUGAUCCUAGCCUGAUGGUUUUCAUGGACUAUAGAGAUUAUAUUAAACAAAAAGUUCAGUUUUUAGAAGUGCAUUAUCCAACAUUUCUAUAUGCUAUGCCCAUGUCACAAACAAGAGUUUUUUUUGAGGAAACCUGUUUGGCUUCUAAAGAUGCCAUGCCUUUUGAUCUAUUGAAGAAAAGACUCAUGUCAAGGUUAGAGACAAUGGGAAUUCAAAUCAUAAAAACUUAUGAAGAGGAAUGGUCUUAUAUUCCAGUUGGUGGAUCCUUGCCAAAUACAGCCCAAAAAACCAUUGCAUUUGGUGCUGCUGCCAGUAUGGUGCAUCCUGCAACAGGUUAUUCAGUUGUGAGAUCAUUGUCGGAGGCCCCAAAAUAUGCUUCUAAGAUUGCAAAUAUUUUGAAGCGUGAUCAUUCCAAGGACACACUUUCUCGUGUUAGCUGCACUGGAACUCUUUCGGUGCAAGCAUGGAAUACCCUUUGGCCACAAGAAAGGAAACGACAAAGAGCAUUCUUUCUCUUUGGACUAGCGCUCAUUUUGCAACUGGACAUUGAGGGCAUUAGAACAUUCUUCCAUACAUUCUUCCGCUUACCUAAAUGUUGUUCACGUUGGGGGGGAACCAAAUGAUGCCCUUCUGCUUGAUUUGGAAAUCAGCUAGCCGUGAGUGUUAUGAAAUAGGAGAUGAACAUUAAAGAAGAGCGAUGGUUAUGCAUGUGAUUUCAAUCUCCAAGCAUACAAUUACAGUAUCAGCAGUGACUAUUUUGUGAAUAGAUUUCUGGUUAUGUGAAUGGUUUGCUUGAAACUAAUCAGUGUGUUGAAAUGGAAUGGAUUGGGAGUGGAUUAAUAAAUGAAAUUUAUAUGUAAACAUGCAAACUUAUAAAGACCAAUUCUUAAGUGCCUUGUAAGUAAAUGGGUGAUUGGCUUGGGUUGGCUUGCAGGAUGUGGGAGGGAUUUCUUGGAUCCACUCUAUCGUCAGCGGACCUUGUACUAUUUGCCUUGUAUAUGUUUGUUAUAGCGCCAAAUGACAUGAGAAAGUGCUUGAUCAGGCAUUUGCUCUCUGAUCCCACUGGAGCAACCAUGUUGAGAACUUUCCUCGCCAUAUAGUUUUGACUGCUCCCAGAAUUUCUACAUAUUUGUAUAUACAUCUAACACAUACUUUUUAUGUAUCUUUCUUUCGUUUUUCUUUGGUAAAGACACUUCACUUGCAUGCUAAAUUUAAAUGCGAUGGUACUUAUGUUCUUUUUCUAAA